CCUCUCCUCCCAACCCGGAAGUGCCCUGUUCGCCCUGCUCGUCAUAAGGCAUUCUGGGUAACGCGCUCCUUCCUUUCCGGCUGCCGAGCUAUCAGCAUAAGCCAGCAUGGGUGCCUACAAGUACAUGCAAGAGCUAUGGAGGAAGAAGCAGUCAGAUGUGAUGCGAUUUCUCCUGCGUGUCCGAUGCUGGCAAUAUCGCCAACUGUCUUCUCUCCAUCGGGCACCACGUCCUACGCGCCCAGACAAAGCUCGUAGACUAGGCUACAAGGCCAAGCAAGGAUAUGUCAUCUACCGUAUCCGAGUUCGCCGUGGUGGACGUAAGCGCCCUGUGCCCAAGGGUGCAACCUAUGGUAAACCUGUGCAUCAUGGAAUUAACCAGAUCAAGUUUGCUCGCAGCCUGCAGUCUGUUGCUGAGGAGCGUGCUGGCCGUCACUGUGGAGGACUGAGAGUCCUUGCCUCCUACUGGGUUGGUGAAGACUCCACUUACAAGUUCUUUGAGAUCAUCCUCAUUGACACUUUCCACAAGGCCAUCAGACGUAAUCCAGACACCCAAUGGAUAACAAAAGCUGUGCACAAACACAGGGAGAUGCGUGGGCUGACAUCUGCUGGCAAAAAGAGUCGUGGUCUUGGCAAAGGUCACAAGUUCCAUCUUACCAUUGGUGGCUCUCGUCGUGCUGCCUGGAGAAGACGCAACACUCUUCAGCUCCACCGUUACCGCUAACUGGGAUCAUACUUGUAAAUUUGACAUUAAAAUAAAGUUGUUUUGGGACAACA